UCCUAAAAAACAAUCGCAAGUUGAAUAAUGAAAUUUGCUGUUAUUCUAACUGGCUUGUUAGCCAUUGCUCUUGCUGACGUUCAGCUGAGCCCUGAGCAAGCUGAAGAAGCUCGAUUAGCACUCCAAAAUCCUGAUUUAUAUGAUGGUGAUAUGGCUGGAAUCGAUGGACCGUUUGACGCUGAACGAAGUGCUAUUGUUGGAACCCAUUAUAGAUGGCCAAAUGCACGUGUUCCUUACAUCAUUGACGCAUCUUUAAGAAAUGCGCAGAAUGUCAUUAAUCAAGGUAUAAAUGAUUAUCACAGAAAUACCUGCGUCCGAUUCGUUCCCAGAUCUAACGAACAAAACUACAUUAAGAUCUUUGCUGGGCAAGGGUGCUAUUCUCAUGUGGGAAAAACGAACGGUCAACAGCCAGUAUCCUUAGGUCAAGGUUGCUUGUACGUGGGAACAGUCGUCCACGAGUUAGGACAUGCCCUGGGAUUUUAUCACGAGCAAAGCAGAUCAGAUAGAGAUAAUUAUCUGAUUAUUUAUCUACAAAAUGUUCACCAGAACAUGCAGUUUAACUUCAACAAGCUCGCUCCCAGCCAAAAUAUCUUGUAUAAUGCUUUUGACUAUAACUCAAUUAUGAUUUACGGCAACAAAUCAUUCUCCAAGAAUGGCCAAGACACUAUGGUUGCCAAAAAUGGACAGAGACUAUCCGAUCCUUACAAUAAGCAAGGAAUGACCAGAGCUGACAUAGAAAGAGUCAAUAAAAUGUACAAUUGUUAAAAUAUGAAUUUAAUAAAGUACACAAACAUUUAA